UUGACAUCAGUCAAGUCAUUCGGUUCCGAUGUAAACCACUGCAUUUAACAAUCUUCUAUUCCUUUGUCAACCUUGACACGCGAUGUCUUAUCAUCGUUUCUUUCUAAUCUCGUCGGCUUUUAUUGAAUUGGGUUGUUAAAGGAGUCGGUGAUUGACAUGGCUGUAUUGGAUGUGAAUACUCAGUGCGGUGUUAGCCUAUACCAGCUGUUGGCAGACGAAUUCCUAUGAUGGAAUAAUAGUAGAAAAUUUAACCAGCUCUCUCCAUACGUAAGAUAUAUUAUUACAUCGGCCUUUAAUGCCAGGCGGCGUGCUUGUUGGAUAUUUUGUGAACCGAAAUUGCUAUUUGGACAUAGGCUAGGUGUAAAGGUAUCUAAAGAAAGGUCGUGGGCCGUUAGCCUAUAUCAAGAGAAGGUAUUAUUAUUUCAUACGCGGUCAGCACUUAAUUAGUGUCAUUAUUGACUCAUUAUGGAACUGGAACUGUAAGGAUCCACGCGCACUAACUUAACACUGUCUGGAUAAUUAAUAACCGAUGUCUGUGAUGUGUUUGUUAAGGUAUUUAACAACGUGGGUCGUCAACUAGGCAGCAUCAUUUGAUAAAUAAGAAUAAUAUGGUCGAUCAACCGUGGAAAUGGUGCUUCUGUGUUUAGAAACGUCUUAUAAAUUCUUUUUUCAAGAUCUGAAAAACAUUGCCCCGUUACAAAAUGGAUAAUAAUGUUCGGAACGGAACGUCCACAGAAUUAUAAUCGGCGAGUGAAAUUGUGGGGACAUUUUUGAAGUGAAAGGAAUGGGCUGUACACCAAGUAUUCAUGUUUCUCAAACCGGGGUUGUUUAUUGUCGUGAAUCGGACGAUUCAAAUUCACCCCGCCCUUCUUACAGUACCUCAACGUUUCACUCGACACACGGAAAUAUCUUACGUUCAGACAAUACGGAAUUAUCCGCAAACGUUCCAGAUUCGACUACCGGUAAAGGAAAGUGCUGUGUGGCCGUAGAUUCCACGGACGCGGAAAACCAGACGCGCGAAGAUAGAAUGAAGAGUUUUGAAUUUGAUAUAAAGUUUGGACCCCUGUAUAUUCAUAAAAAGGCAAUGUCAGUUUUACUUGUAUUUAAUAAAGAAGAUUCACAGAGUGACGGCUUGGGAUGGGCAGCGGAGAGAAUUGGUUAUAAAUACACCAUGGUGAGAACACCAGAGGCUGCUUUAGAAGCAUACAGUGUAACACAUCAUGAUGUCAUAUUUAUAGAUCACAGAAAUUCAAAACAUUUUGAUGCUGAAACACUUUGCAGAUCUAUACGAGCCAUAAAAUCUAAUGAACACACCCUGGUUAUUGCUGUAACCAAGAAAUACCCUAGUGAUAAGGAAGAACCAUCUAUAUUACCAUUAUUAAAAGCUGGAUUUAAUAGGAGAUUUGUGGAAACUAGCAAUAUUGGGACUUGUAUGAAUGAAUUAUUACAGUUAGAAUAUGGUGAAAUAAGAUCGAAGUUAAAAUUACGAGCUUGUGGGGCUUUAUUUACAGCUUUAGAUAAUGUUAGCGAUCUAGUAGAGAUAACCAAUCAAGACCAUGAAAUUCAGUAUGUAAAUCAUGCAUUUGAAAGAUUAACUGGUUUUACAAGUGAAGAAGUUUACAGUAAAGACAGUCGAGAACUGUCUAAAAACGACAAAAAUAAACCCGAUUUGCAUGAUAUUAUCAAUGAUUACGUGAAUAAAGGAAAGCACUGGGAAGGAUCUUACUAUACAAGACGGAAAAGUGGAGAAGUAAUUCAAAGUCAGUGUCGAAUAACACCAGUUGUAGGUUUAUCAGGGCGCAUCUCUCAGUAUGUCACAGUGAAAACAGCCCCCUACGAUCUCACACAGCACUUAGAUCGAGUCAAGGACACAGAACUUUACCAGCUUGCAAAUGGCGGCAUUCAUGGAGGCGUCUCAAAAAGAAGAGAAUCUGUGACAAGAAUUCAUUCGAUGACAAUUGAGGCACCAAUUACAAAAGUUAUUAACAUAAUAAAUGCUGCCCAAGAAAACAGUUGUUUAACAGUGGCCCAAGCACUAGAUAAAGUACUAGAGAUAUUACGAUCAAGUGAACUAUAUUCUCCCUACUUUAAUCAACAAAUGAAAGAUGAAGACCCUAUGACCUCAGAUUUAGUUGGAGGAUUAGUGUCGCAAAAUGUCAAACGACGUCAUUCAAAUCAUGACACAUCAGUACAAAAAAUUAGCCAUCACACCCACCAUCACAUUCCAUCCAGUCCUACCGCCUCCCUAUCUCAGGUUCCUGAACCAAUCCAGUCUGUACUUGAUGAGGAAUGUGACUGGAAUUUCGAUAUAAUAGAAUUAGAAAGAGUCACAGAUAAAAGACCUUUAGUAUACCUUGGUUUAAAGAUUUUCUCACGUUUUGAUGUAUGUGAAUUUCUAAACUUGAGUGAAGAUGUCCUGUUUAAUUGGUUACAACUGAUAGAAAGUAAUUAUCAUGCUAAUAAUACAUACCAUAAUUCAACACAUGCUGCUGAUGUACUUCAUGCCACAGCUUACUUUCUAGACCGUGAACGAGUUAAGAGUGUGUUUGAUCAGUUUGAUGAAGUAGCGUGUUUAAUAGCUGCUGUAGUACAUGAUGUUGAUCAUCCUGGCAGAACUAAUGCUUUUCUUGUUAAUGCUGGAAACCCGCUGGCUUUAUUAUAUAAUGAUUUAGCCGUAUUGGAAAGUCAUCAUGCUGCUUUAGCGUUUCAGUUAUCACACCGAGAUGAUACCGUUAAUAUCUUUAAAAACAUGAACAGGGAAAAUUAUAGUGCAAUGAGGAAUAAUAUUAUCGAUAUGGUAUUAGCUACAGAGAUGAAACAACAUUUUGAACACUGUUCUAAAUUUGUCAACAGUAUCAAUAAAUCAAUGAUAUCAGCUGAGGAAGAAACACAAUCUCUGAGUAGUCAGUGUUCUCAUGACAGCACAGCAAUAUCUUCAAAAUUAUCAUUGCCAGAAAACCGCACACUUAUCAAACGAAUGUUGAUCAAAUGUGCUGAUGUAUCUAAUCCUGUCCGUCCACAGAAGCUGUGUAUUGAAUGGGCAAAACGUAUAGCAGAGGAAUAUUAUAAUCAGACCGACGAAGAGAAGGCUAAAAGUUUACCUGUAGUAAUGGCUGUAUUUGAUAGGAAGACUUGCAGUGUACCUAAAUCUCAAAUGAGUUUUAUAGAUGUAUUUAUUACUAAUAUGUUUGAUGCGUGGGAUUAUUUCUGUGACAUAUCGGAAUUAAUGACACAUCUUCAGAUUAAUUAUCAAUAUUGGAAGGAUCAAGAAGAAUUAAAAUCGAGAGAAGAAGAAGAAAACACAGCAGAUGAAGAAGAGAAUUCGUGAAGUGCUGUACAAAAUACUGCUAAUAAAUGUUCAUAAUUUAAUCUCAGAUGGCACAGACAUCCUAAGUUUCCACAUACUGGGAACAUUUAUUGUUUCUUUCAAGUUUCAGUAGUGACUUUGUGUUCUACAAAACUAAGUAGCUGAUAAACUGUUUUUAGUGACUAAAAUCAGUGAAACCGUGAUAAAUAUAUAAAUAUAGCGUGCACAAACAUUUAUUACUGGAUAGAGCUGCAAGGUGUUGAUAAAAUGGAUGCUCUUGUUGGAAAUAAAUCUGUCAAAAUGGAUGAAAGUUAAUAAGAAAAUACAAUAUCUAAAGUGUGAAAUUGCAAGAUCUUGAAUGUGCGUUGAACAUGAACUCACAAUAGUGAGUCACUUUGUUUAUAUAUGUAGUUGUUUCAAGUUGUUUAUAUUUUGUAUACAGUUCUAUAUAGUAACAAUAGAAACAGCAAUUGUUCAACAGUCAUCUCAAAGGAAUAAUACUAAAAAAUUUUUCACAAAAUAGGUUUUGAGGAUAGAUCUUUCAUCCAGUGAAGACUUUGGAUGCAUACAAUUUCUUGGAUGAUUUUAAAGGACUUGAAAGGAUGUUUCGAAAGUUGUUAAAGAGUGGAAUAAAUCAGGGAUGUGUAACAAUAUGUGUGGUUAAAACUAUUUGACUGUAAUGUGAUUUUUUUUUUUUUGCGUGGUAGAAGAGAUGUUAUUAUGUGAAAAAUUUUCAUAUACAUAAAAAUACUGGAGAAUUGUAAAAACUGAUAUCACAUUUUGUUACUCAAAAUAAUUUGGUUAGACAAAUACUUUACAAUACCUCACUACAAAAGCUUGUUAUUUAUCUUUUCAAUUUGUACAGUUUAACCUCUAAAUGUACAUUAUAUGGAUAAACAUUUAAUCUCUGUAACUACAGAAAUAACAUUUAACCUGUGUACCCACAGAAAUAACAUUUAACCUCUGUAUUUACAGAAAUAACGUCAAACCUGUGUACAUACAGAAAUAAUGUUAAACCUGUGUACAUACAGAAAUAAUGUUUAACCUGUGUACAUACAGAAAUAAAAUUUAACCUCUGUACCUACAGAAAUAACAUUAUACUUCUAUAUCUACAUAAAUAACAUUUAACCUCUGUAUCUACAAGCUCUGUACCUACAGAAAUAAUGUUUAACCUCUGUAUCUACAUCGAUAACAUUUAACCUCUGUACCCACAGGAAUAACGUUACUUAAACCUCUGUACCUACAUAAAUAACAUUUAACCUCUGUACCUACAGGAAUAAAGUUAAACCUCUGUACCUACAGAAAUACCAUUUAAUGUCUGUACCUACAGAAAUAAUGUUAAACCACUGUACCUUUGGAAAUAACAUUAUACCUCUGUAUCUACAGAAAAAAUGUUAAACCUCUGUACCUUCAGAAAUAACAUUAUACCUCUAUAUGUACAUCUGACGUACUUUUAAAAGGACUGACUAUCAUCCAAUAAUAUAGGUUUAUAUAAUACCUAGUGUCAGGAAAAAUGUAAGUUGUGUAUUAUUACUGAAAUUUAAACUGGAUUUUUUUAGUGCAUAAAAUAUUAAAAUAAUGAAAAUUAUAUUUUUAUAUGACGCUUUGAGUUAUAAAUGUAAAAGUGAAAGCAUCAGACGCCAUGCCUUCUGAUUGAGGUUAAUCAGGAUCAGCUAAUAGAUUUCUCAUGUGGUUGUUUUCUGAAAUGAAAUAAUUUAUCUAUAAAGAGCUUACCUGGAUUAUAGAUAAUGAACAUUAUGAGUCAGAAUAAUGUCGUGUCUAGUAUGUAUAUUAUUAGCAUUAAUCUUACUAAUUGGUUUUGUUAAUUCCACUAGUGACUACAAAUAUCUCAGUUUAAGAUGCACAUUAAUAAUUCAACAGAGGUUUAACUUUAGGUCUAUGGAACUGUUCUGGCAAAAAAAUAACAUGGCGAAUCCGCUGUGUUUCACCUUGUUUUGAAUAGCAUGGAGGAUUUGACUUUUAUUUUAGUUGAUCUUUUUUUUACUAACGACAUUUUACAGGUUGUUAUACUGCUGUACAAUGUAUAUAGGAUAGAGUUAAAUAUUUGUAUGUAUUUAUGUAUAUUUUGAUGUAUAUCUGUCAACAAAACAGUAUACUAGUCUUUCUGUAAAAUUAAAAUUACUUAAUUUAUCAUAAACCAGGUAGUAAUUUAGUAAUAAUGCUUUUUGGCAUCAAUGGGGAAAAUUCAUGAUCCAAAUAUUAUCUGCCUUUAAAAUCUGAUUUAUGAGAGUGGAUUUCAAAAAUGUUUAUUUAUUAGGAGUGGUGCUACCAAACACAUUCUUGAAUUUGGACAGGCUGCUUUUUCCAACCCUUUGUAAAUAUACUAUCAGUGGAUUGAAUCAUCCGAUCAAGUAUUUCCUUUAACUACAAAAUCAAUGCCAAUAAUAUGAAUGCUGAAAAUCUGGUUUUGUCAUUAAAAAAAGAUGCUUAUAAUUAUAUAUAGUAUAGUUCAGCUGGUAACUUCCUUGAAUUGAACAAAUUUUCCUGGAAUUUGUAAUGCUAAUAUGGAAUCUAGAAAAGCAGACUGUCCCUGAAUUUGUGAAUGUGAAUGUAAGGAGAAUUUGUGUAAUGCGAAUAAUAUUGCACCAUUACUAAAAUAAGCCAAACUUCUGUUAACACACACUGAGAUUCUAUUCACUAUAACUUUUACCUAGAAGAAUAUAUAAAAGGCAGUGCAGGUUCCCCCCCCCCCCCACACACACACCCCCCACAGAAAAAUAUACUUUUUUCUUCCUUAUUAAAAGUGACCCCCCUCCCCACACCCCACAAAAAAAUAUAUUUUUUUCUUACUUUUAACUAGAAUAUAUAAUAGACCUGUCUGAAAACAAAGUCUCUUCUAUGCUAUCACCCCACUAAAUGGCAGUACAGGUGCCAUGACCCCCUCCCCAACUUUUCUUGGAUACUAAUGCUGGUUACUGUUGGGAUAAAGUGGAAUAACUGUUUCAUCCAACUAUAUAUUUUUUGUCAUCAUAAGAAGUAUCAUUGAUUCUAAUAUUCUCCAUAAUGGUACAGAUAACAGCAAUCGGUGUUCAAAUUAAUUAUUUAUAUUAAUCCAGUAUUUUAGUAUGAUCUUUAAUUUUCAACUGACUGCUCAAUCAUACAUACCAACUGUGUUGAUUUGUUUAAAACAACUUUUUUAUGGUUUAAUUAAUUGUUUUAAAAUAGAUUUGCAUUAUAAUGGAACUAGAAGGAUAUAUUAAUUAUCUUAUAUUAAUUAGUGUAAAUAGACGAUGUUAUUAUUAUUAUUAUAGUUGUUUUAUAUACAUAACAAUAUAGAUAUAUAUCGAUGUUUUUUGUUGAGUUAAAAUAACAAAACAAGACACAUAAUAAUUGUAAAUAACAAUGUGUUUUAUGAUAUGGUUGAUAACCUUUGGACUGUAUUGCGUUUGUUAAUAAAAGAAGUGUUUCAUUUACAUUGAUUACAUUUUUUUCAAGAAAAAUCUUUCUGAAUUAUUAACCAACAUUUGGUAAAGAGUAAAAAAAAAAUGAAUUCAAUUUAAUUAGAAACUGCUUGUUUGACUGGUUCUUACUUAAGCUGAAGUCAUACUCUCUUGCCUAGCAGGAUGUUAAAACCCUUUUCAUUUCAUUUCUAUAGAAAUAUUAAAGGCAAAAAUAUUAGAGGUCUAAGCACUGGCCAGAUUAGUUUGAACUUGUAGAAAACCACUAUAGGGUACAGUAUGUAGCCCUUGUAAUCAAUUUUAAAUUGACAUAUAAUCACCAACAGCUCUUUAAAUUAUGGAUAAUUACUCUAAAAAUAUUUCUAAAAUAUACAGUCAUUGAUAAAGCUUUAAAAUUGAAAAUCACUAAAGUAUAACUCUAGCGAAAGUGUGAGCAGUGCAUAUAGUCCUUCAGGUCAGACCAUAUGAAAGGAUUAUAUUAUAUAAAUUAUGUGUUUGUUGCAAUGAGUUAAAAAAAAUGUGAUGUAUGUUUUUAUUUAUACUAAUUACCCAAUUUAUUGUUAAAGGCACACAAUGUUUAAAACAAAUUUGUAUCUUGUAAAUUCUUCAUUGUAGAAGUUACAAAUUGUUAAAAAUCUUGCAAAAAAAAAAAAAAAAACCCAACAAAAAAUCACUUGUGUUAAAAUUGAUAUCUUUUGUUUGGCAUUGUUCCCUACCCAUACUUAACAUUAUGAUGGUGCCUUAUUUUGAAAUAAAAUGUUAUUUACAUAACAAUAACACCAGUUCAACAUUGCACUUAUGUGGAAGACUACUUAAUAACAUCAAUUUUAUUUAUGACAUUGUGUGCCAUUAACAUACAUUACUGACACAGGACUGGGAAUUUAUUGGUCUUAAGAUGUUAAAAAGAAUAUGACUUGAAGAUCAGAGCUCUUAAUUAGUUAUUUUAUACCCUGAUUAUGUACAGAGAUUAAAAUUAUCCAAAUGUGAAAUGACAAAAAAUGUUCAUAUUUUUGAAAAUAAAAAUAUUUUAUUAUAAUUUGGAUAAAUCAAACUUUACUGAAGAAAAUAUGUAUAUCCUCAAAUUUAUUAAUCAAGAGAACUGAUUUUUCAAGUUACAUAAUAAUCUUGUUUAGAUAUAUAUCAUGGCACACUAGCUCUCAGUUGAGAGGUAUGGGAAUGCUGCUACAAUGUAUACAUAAAUUACUUAGAAGAGCUCAAGAUUUUUAUUUUAAAGAACACCGGAAUGAAGCUCGAUAUCAUUCAAUUCAGUUGAAACCAUUUUAUAUGAACUCAGUUGUAUUUCAUAUUUUUUUUGUAUUUAUUGUUUUGUAUUCUGUAUUCAUUUACAUUUCAUUUAGUGUACCCAUUUUUUCUUUAGUUUACUUUUGACAUUUUUACUUAAUUUUCAUACUAGCUAGAUUAUACUUUCUUCCAUGAUUUAUCUUGUCAAAGAAAUCUUUUAUACAAAAAGAUGCCAAAAUAAGUUUCUUUUUUUUUUCAAAGGAUUGUGUUACAUGGCACUAACUUUUAUGUUUUGAUGAUGAUUUUCUUUUAAAAAUGAUUAAUAUUAUUGACUGUUUUAUUGCUCUAAAUCAUAGAUGCUGUUAUUGCCAAUUAUGCUGUAGAUAAGGUCGUAAAAGACAAAUUGUUCAAUUAUUGUUAUUGCUCUUGUGAAAUUUUAUUAGCAUUAAUAUAUAUAUAUAGCACACAUUCUGGUUAGUUCUGUUGUACAGAAUUUGUCAAGAGAUUUGACAUUAGAAGCUGUGAAAGAUUAUGAUUUUUUUUGUGAUUCUUUGUGAUACCUAGUUAGUGCAUUUAUUUGUUGUUGACCUCAUUCCCUGUUAUAAUGUGCUUCUGUUAAAAUAAUUAUUAUCAAGGUGUAUUAUAGAAAUUGACAUAAAGUUCUUUAUUAAUUAAUUACAGUAAUUAAAUGUAAACAUUGUGUUGUUCUGUUCCCUACCCUUACCCAAACUGUAAACAUUGCAAAUAAAUUAUAUUAUGUAAAAAACA